AUGUCGUUUGAAAUACAGUGGUUCGCCCAAGAAUUUGCGAGCGGCAGCAAGGAAAAUCUUCUCCAAGAUCGUAGAAAAGCUGCGCAGCGAUAUCACGAACUGAAGAAAUGCACCGCCAUCGUUUACAAGACACUUUAUGAUCCAGCUGGAACGAUCAGUAAGGUCAAUCCAAAGUCGCUUCUUUUCGAUUGUGGGAAUGAUUUUGAAACCGCAGUGAUUGAAGGUGUGGCAGUUUCUGGACACGGCAGUCUUGAAUCUUGUCGUGUUAAAAGAAUGCAUACGCUUGGAAAUGAGGCCAUUUCUUCUAUUUCCAUCUCUAGAAAAACAAAAGACCUAGCUUUGGACAGUGCUCUUCAAGGAUUGAAAACAAACGAUUUGAGCACCCCUCGAAUACUUUUUACUAUAGUAAGACAGAACCUUAAAACGGCUCGUCACAGCAGUAAGAAAAGGAAAGCUACGAGAAGGCCAUUAACUUCGUUAGAUUGCUUCAAUGAGGACACUGAUGUAUACGAAACUUGCUGGACGUCUAAAUCUGAUACGGAGCUCACUGAAACAGAAUCACCUCACCGUUCCGAUAUCACUCUUGGAGAUUUUAUCCCUUCGUCUGCAUCUGAGUCUAGUGCUUUUGAAAUUCUUCCCAGGAGAGUAGAGAGAAUUCCAGCAUCUGACAAAGAGAAAUACAUAAAGAAGAAGACUUUUCCAAAAUUGGUGGAUAUCUCCGCAGACGUCCGUGCAAAGUGCAUCUUUGAAAUUGUUGACGUAAUAGAUUUGGUUCCUACCCUUCCGCAUGAUACAUGUGGUCCAUGCUCUAUAAAGUGGUUCUCACCCUGGAGAGUGUGCAUCUCAAAUCAGCCCAUUUCACAGAAUCUAUUCGCAAUAUUUUUCGAAUUGCGAAAUAAUUCGCAAACCCUUAGAGUUCGUGUAAAUACAAACACUCGGUAUCCUCCCUACGCUGGACGAAAUGCGCUAAUCCAAAUGAUAAAAAGAAUGAGGGACUUCGACACUUUAUUUACUAGUUUGAUGGAUUUUAUUUGGAAAACAUGGAAGUGGAAAACUAACGGAGGAAGUAGUCGCAUCAUUAAAAAAUUUGAUAAUUUUUUACCCGUGGUGAAUAGCAGCCUGAUAGCUGUAGCUGCCCAACGAUGUGAAGUAUAUGACCAGCUGGAAUUUAUCAACGAACGAUGUCACUUCCAAGCUUUUGAGGACGAACCAGGCAUGGAAUACAUUCGUGAGCCUUGUACUAGCUGUCAGUCAACACAGAAAGAUGAUCUGUUUCCAAACAAGCUCGGUCCGAUCUGCAGGGAUUGUCUUGUAUCAAGAAUGCUUCACCAGCUUCGUCUCAAGCAAUUCCCAAUACAGAUACCGGUUGUCACGGUGGAAGAUCGCUCCCCAUUGGAACUCCUCUACGCUGUUCUUCCCGCUCGAGUAAUGUCCACUUUCUUAGAAGCAAGAGCUUUGAAUUUUCUUCAUAUCUGA